UGCACCAGCACGUGGCUGCCGGCGAACGGAAUCCUCUCCCUGAGCGGAGAGUCGGAUAAUGCCAUCCUGACGCUCGACAACGACGCCCUCUUCCAGGCACCGUGCCCAACCGCGACAAUACCGACAGUCUCCGUUGCGGUCCCGGAGAGCACCAGCACCGGCGACGGAGGCUCGAGCCUGACUCUCCAGGACCUCGGAGACGACGGUGAUGACGAUGACAGCCCGCAUUUUUCCGAUUUCCGGGACCCCUUCUACGCCUCGAGCUUUCCCAUCUGCUACGCCCUCGCAGCGACUACCGUUACCGCUUGGAUGCUCGUCAUCAUGCUCUUUAUCACGCCAAGGUCUUUCUUCGAUAGCGGCGUUGUCUACCUUGGCCGGCCCGGUGGCUUUACCAAUUCUUCUUCAGGGGGCGUCAAUAUCGGUGGGCGUCCGUGGCUGCAGAAGCUGGCCGCCUUGUCAGUUGCGAUAUCUCUCACGAUAGCCACGGCCGACACUUUCCGGAUCGCCAAAAUACAGUACAUAUGGGGCGUGCAGAAUGCCAAAGUGCUCCAGAACGAGGUCAUGGGGAGUACGGAGCUCAAGGCGAUCCGGGUGGUGUCCGACACCUUUCUUUGGCUCGCGCAGGCGCAGACGCUGAUCCGGCUGUUCCCGCGCCACCGCGAGAAAAUCAUAAUCAAAUGGGCUGCUUUUUUCCUCAUCAGUCUUGAUGUCAUUUUUAGCGCCCUCAACAGCUUUUUAUACUCGGAUCCGGACAGCAAUGGCAAUUCUAUGCCCAAAAGCUUUAGCCAUCCCAUCCCGGCGCUUAGUUACUUGUUUCAGCUGGCGCUUGGAGUGCUGUACGCUGCGUGGGUUGUGUACUACGCAAUUAUGAAGAAACGAUAUGCUUUCUACCACCCCUUGAUGAAGAACAUAAGUCUGGUGGCCAUCAUUUCUUUAGGAGCCAUAUUGAUACCAGUUGUCUUUUUCAUACUUGAUAUAUCGAAGCCUGAGUUUACAGGCUGGGGAGACUACGUGCGAUGGGUUGGUGCGGCAGCGGCCAGUGUGGUGGUUUGGGAAUGGGUGGAACGGAUUGAAGCUUUGGAACGAGAAGAGAAGAAGGAUGGAAUACUUGGAAGAGAGGUAUUUGAUGGGGAUGAUACGUUGGAAGUUGAUGCCGCAGACGUUCCCUGGUCACGGAAGAGAAGAGGAUACAAAGUAAACGGCGGGGAUGGUAGAGGCGUCAUCAUCACGGCGCGAGAGCAAAGACCAACUGAAGGCAACGGAUGGCCAGGGGUGUCAGUUAUCAGCAGUCGCCAUCGCGAGCGGGAACGAAAUACCGGCCGCGGCCGUGAUAUGAGCGAAACUAGUGGUGCAGAGGUGGAGAGGACAUCAGGACACAUUCUAAGACCGCCAGUUUGGCUCUCACGACCUGCUCCAGCCGUAACACCGGCCAGCAGGACCGAUACAACAAGUGCUGCCAGCACUGUGUAUGCGGUAAGAUAUCAGAGAGAGCACCCGCACCCGCAGCCCAGGCCGGAUAUUUCAAGAUCGGCGAGCCACAACCAAAGGCGCAGUCCUCCUGUGGAAGACGCGAUUUCGACAAACCUAGCACCUUCAUCCAUCUCUCCGGGCGAUUCUCCGGCAAGUCAUAUUGUGAUACAAGAACCAAGGGUACCGGAUCUGGAAGCGAAUUCUUCUUCUGGUGGUGGCGGUCGCUGGCAGACGCUGCUUCGUCGUGGAAGCCAUGACACCACGUCAACGCCGCAAUCUCCUAGAGCUUUUUCGGAUGCGCGGUCUGCUACUACUUCAAGAGGUCAUAUGGACACCAAUCGGUGGGAUAUAAGAAGCAGAUUGGAGGAGUUUGCAGCCAGCCAAGCAGAGAGGAUUCGAGAAAGGUUCCGGCCCACGACAGAUACGGAUAAUCUCCCCGUGAUGGUGAUACCGGCACCAGCACGGCGAGGCGCGGCACUGCAACAGGUUCUUGAGGAAGAA